CCGCAGCCACCGAGGGAGCAUUGGAGACCCUCCAUCGGAAGGCAGCCGGGAGCAGCGAGGCUGGCGCGUCCGCAUCUCAAAGGUUGCCCGUCGCUUCCUUGGGACCUGCUGCCCCGCCGUCGGUGGCAGGGCCAGAGCCUGGGAUGACAGCCGAGAGCCCCCAGUCGUCGACGUGCGCCGCGGGCCAGGCUGACUCCGAAGCCGGCUCGGCGUCCAGGCUCGCCACUCUCGUUAAGGUGGAGCCGUCGGCGCACGGGGAGGCUUUGGAGCCGGAGCCGUCGGAAGAAGAAGCGGCGGCGGCAGGGGGAGGAGGCCCGCGUCCCGGCGGCCGUCGCAGGAAGCGCCCGGUGCAGCGCGGCAAGCCCCCGUACAGCUACAUCGCGCUCAUCGCCAUGGCCAUCGCGCACGCCCCGGAGAGGCGCCUGACGCUGGGCGGCAUCUACCGCUUCAUCACCGAGCGCUUCCCCUUCUACCGCGACGGGCCGCGCAAGUGGCAGAACAGUAUCCGCCACAACCUGACGCUCAACGAUUGCUUCGUCAAGGUGCCCCGCGAGCCCGGGCGGCCGGGCAAAGGCAGCUACUGGGCGCUCGACCCGCACGCCAGGGACAUGUUCGAGAGCGGCAGCUUUUUGCGACGCAGGAAGCGCUUCAAGCGCAGCGACUUGUCUACCUACCCGGCCUACAUGCACGAGGCGCAGGCCCAGCCCGUCGGGCCGGCCCUCAACGCGGCCUACGCGCCGCCUGCCGCCCUCUGCUACCCCUCGCAGACGCCCCUCUUCAGCCUGGGCCCGCUCAUGGCGCAGCCCAGCCCGGAGCUGGCCCACCAGCAGCACAGCCCCGACGUCACCCCUUCCCCUGGCAAUGCCUGCUCUUUCGCGGGCACCGCCGCCUACCCCAGCCAGGGCUGCGCGGCGGGGCCUGGCCUGCACAGGCCCCACAGUGCUAUGCCUUACUCCUACUCACUCCCCAGCACCCAGCAGCUGCAGGUGAACCAAAGCACCUAUUCACAGAGCGGCGGUGGUGGCGGCAGCCACCUGUUUGGGGCCUCUGCCCGCCUAGGGAUGCCCACCUCGCCCACCCUCGGGAACGACGCUAUGGAUUUCUAUGGCAGGAUGUCUCCCAGCUCCUACGGUUCUUUGGCUCAUGGCUACAACGCCGGUGGGCAGCUUGGUAGUCCAGGUGCCUACCUGCGCCAUGCGGCCUAUUCCAGCAACAUGGAGAGGUUUGUUUCUGCCAUCUGAAUCCAAGAAGGGACUUGGUUUGGCGGAAGGCAGUGGGGCAGUGGGUGAGAUCUG